CAGGUCUUCCUGGAGGCUUUUCCCAAAGUAAUGGAGCAGCUGACAUUUCAGCCCGGGGCUGCCGCCGCCAUAGACGACUACUUGGAAUAUAAGAGAAUUGUAGGAGAAGAUGACGGUGGGAAACUGUUUACUCCGGAAGAAUAUGAACAAUAUAAGAAACAAGUAUUACCAAUUCGGUUGCAAAAUAGAUUGUAUGUGAGCUGGAGAUCUCCAACUGGCAUUGACUGUAAACUCGUGGGUCCAGAAACACCCUGCUUUUGUUCCCACAGAUAUAAACAACACAAAACAGAUUUUGAAGUGAUUCCAAAAGAACGUCCUAUUUCUGUACCUUGCAGAGUGAGCCGGUGCCCAUGCAAAUCUUAUCAUUUUGUUCCUCUUAUUGGCACUCAGCCCAUCCGUUGUAGAUGUAAGCACUUUGCAGAUCAGCAUAGUCCAGCAACUGGGUUUCUAUGCAAUAUGUGUUCCAAAUGUGCAGGGUUUCACAGUUGCUUUACUUGUGGAUGUGGCCAGCCAGCAUAUUCUCAUGAAACAAUAGUGGAAACAAAAGAGGAACGUUUAGCCCAAGGAAAGCCAGUUGGAAAAGAUGUCCCUUAUGCUGCAAUGGGGGGACUAACAGGUUUUAGUUCCUUAGCAGAAGGCUACAUGAGACUUGAUGAUAGUGGAAUAGGAGCACCUUCUGUUCAAUUCUUAGAAGCUCCUGUAACCAACAUGGAUAAUCCAUUUUUAAAAGCAUACCAAGGUCCAUCCAGUUCCAUGCAGGCCUACUCCCAAUUAACAGAUGGAAAUACAAGUACAACAAUGCAAGCUUCCAGUUUAAGGAGAUCUGAAGAAGAUGAUAUGGCUUAUUUUGAAAGACAGUAUCAGGCACGGUUGAAACAAGAGAAGGCAAGAGAUCAGAAAGGCAAACAUCCUAUGCCAACAAAGACUCAACAUCAUCAAUAAUACAUUUGUGUUUCACUGUAAUUUAUCAGCAUCUCUGUCUCUAUUUGUCUAUCUAUCUUCAGUGAAUAGAUACAAUAUGUUUAUUUUUCUAUGCCAAUUUUGUUAUAUAUAUAUAAAAUGAUAGUAUACUUCUUUUCAGGCAUUGAAGCAAAAUCAUGCUAUCCAUCUAAUUCUGCAAACUUGAAAAUCAGCAAUGGAAAAACUUCAGGUUUCAUGGCAGAAACUAUUAUAUGAACAUUGGGAACUACUUCUUUAGAACAUUUUAUCGUUAAUAAAGAU